CGCCAACACCCGCUAACAUCAGUUUACUACCAAUGAACACGAAAGGGUUAAACAACAAAGAACAACACGGCAGCGAAUCAGCUUUUCCCAGGAUGAGGAGACUGACGAAGAAGAAGACUCUGACUCUAGUAAAGGAGCUGGAUGCUUUCCCCAAAGUUCCUGAGAGCUAUGUGGAGUCCACGGCCAGCGGCGGGACAGUAUCUCUCAUAGCUUUUACUUUCAUGGCUAUCCUUGCCUUCCUGGAGUUCUUCGUGUACAGAAACACCUGGAUGAAGUAUGAAUAUGAGGUGGACAAAGACUUCAGCAGUAAACUGAGGUUGAAUGUGGACAUCACAGUGGCCAUGAGAUGUCAGUAUAUUGGUGCAGAUGUCCUUGAUCUGGCAGAAACUAUGGUCGCUUCUGAUGGCUUAAAAUAUGAGCCAGUUAACUUUGAGCUGUUACCAGAACAAAGGCUGUGGCACUUGACUCUGCUACACAUGCAGGAGCGUCUGAAAGUGGAACACUCGCUGCAAGAUGUGCUCUUCAAAUCUGCUAUGAAAGAAGUUCCUCCCUCUCAGAGUCGAAGUGAGGACACUCCCAACUCCCUUACUGCCUGCAGGAUACACGGACACCUUUUUGUAAACAAAGUGGCAGGGAAUUUCCACAUUACUGUUGGCAAAUCCAUCCCACACCCUCGAGGCCAUGCUCAUCUUGCUGCUCUAGUCAGCCAUGACUCGUUUAACUUCUCCCACCGGAUUGACCACCUGUCAUUUGGAGAAGCCAUUCCUGGACUUAUCAACCCCCUGGAUGGUACGGAGAAAGUCACCACUGAGCCCAACCACAUGUUUCAGUACUUCAUCACCAUCGUUCCCACCAAGCUGAAUACCUACAAAGUGUCAGCAGAAACCCAUCAGUACUCUGUCACAGAGCGGGAACGAGUGAUAAACCAUGCUUCAGGCAGCCACGGAGUCUCAGGGAUCUUUAUGAAAUAUGAUAUCAGCUCAUUAAUGGUCAAAGUCACCGAGCAACACAUGCCUCUUUGGCAGUUUCUCGUCCGACUCUGUGGCAUAGUCGGAGGCAUUUUCUCCACAACAGGAAUGUUGCACGGGAUGGUGGGAUUCUUCGUCGAUGCGAUUUGCUGUCGUUUCCAAAUGGGAGCCUACAGACGUCUGAAUGCUUCUCUGAACGGGGAUGGUCAAGCUUUGCUUUCUGCUGAAAAUGAGGAUCAGUAACGAGAGGACGACUCCACCAGACCCAUAACGGCACCAAAAUGCUGUUGAAAUGUUUACAAGUUUUAUUUAAAAAUGUGGCCCAACUUUUAUCAUUUUUCAACUUUCUAAAAGCUGCUUUGGGGUGAUGGACCAUCAUCAUCAUCAUCGCUGUAAUCACUGGAAAUUUGUAGCUCUGAGUAUGAUGGUACCUGCUGGUCCAUUUUACACCCACGGGUACGCUAGUGUACAGUUUGCCUUUUGAUGUCAUAUUUGGAGCAGCAGAACGUUUAUAUUUUGUAAUGUAGUCUGACGAUGUCCCGGAACCUUUUAUCUAAAAACAAGAAGUAAAAACGUGUGGGUGUUUUAUGCCUUUGAAGGUUU